UUUUGGUUGCUGUUCAACCUCAAUCGUCCAUACGUGUAGCGAGGCAGCGGCAGCGUCGCAUUGUUCGUGAGAGUGUCUAAAUGGCUUCUCUAUGACCUAUUUAGUUAUUGAUAUACCUGCGACAUGGAUGAACUCAGUGCUGCCAUUGAGGCGGCUGCCGCGGCAGCGGCAGCAUCAUCGCAGUCCCCGCCAAAAAGCCCAGAGGUCAAGCUGGAGAUUAAACAUGAGGCGCCUUCGCCUGAAUUUACUCCUCCGUCACCGUUGAAGCGUGCUCGAUCGCCACUCGACGAUACUGGUCCGAAUGACGAGAAGCGACUGAAGCUGGAUGGAGUAGAAAGCCCAUCGAAUGAGAUCCAAACGCCCCAGUCCGAGCCUGAGCCUGAGCUUGAAGCAACAAUGGUGGUUCAACCUGAGCCUGAAGCAGAAACAGCGCCCCAGCCUGAGGUGGAAGCAGAUAUGGUACCGCGAGACGAACCGAAAGCAAAAACGGUGCCAUUUAUCGAAUCAGAAGCUAAUGCGAAUGUUUCUCAGCCGCAGACUCAGUCUGAACAGGCGCAGGCACAUGAGCAGGCACAUGAAGAAGAAUAUGAGCAGGAACACGAGCAGGUACAGGCACAUGAGCAAGCCCAAGAGCAAGCCCAGGAGCAAGCACAGGGGAAGGCACAGGAGCAGGCACAGGGGCAGGCUCAGGAGCAGGCUCAGGAGCAGGCUCAGGAGCAGGCACAGGGGCAGGCUCAGGAGCAGGCACAGGAGCAGUUGCAGGAGUCCAACCCAAUGAUUGAAAUGCCAGAAGGUUUGGCUGAUCUAGACGAAAUCACCAAAAUGAUUCAAGCCGCACAAGAAGCUGCGUUAGGAACGGAUGGUGUGUCAGAAGAUCACCCUAUGCCCGAUUUCCAUGUGGAAGUCAACGGGCUCAACGAACUCAACGGACUCAACGGGCUCAACGGGCUCAGCGGCGAUCAUGGACCUGAUAUCGAUAUCAACAGUAUCAUGGCAAGCAUCGCAAGUAGUCUUGAGACCGGUGGAAAUGGCGAUGGUCAUGGGCAUUCCAGUCACGAUAUCCACGCUGAUGUUCUUACAAUGCCGGACUUGACUGCGCCUGCGCAAGCGACACCAAAAAGGGCAUCUAUAUGGAGCCAUCGGGCACAGUAUACGCGACAGACCUACAUAUUACCGACCUUAGGGAAGGUGGCCGUUGAUAUACUCAUAGCUUUAUGUGAUCAAGAGUUGGAAGAAACGAUUACUUGUCUCACUGAUGCCGACAAUGGCCAUAGUGUCGGCAAGGAAUACGCAGUGCUGAGAUCGUUUUUCGACGCCCUGAGGAAGCAACUAUCAGAAGACUUCCCAUUGUUGUAUCCCGACCAGCUGGAUAUCAGCAGCUCUGAGGAUCGGGAAAUUAUCAGAAUAGCCAACCUGGCUACGUCUUGCGCUAGCAUGUUCGGUGCUAAUGAACUUGGCUGGCCGGACUUGAAUGCAAGCUUCCUGAGCACGUUCGUGGCCGAUGGGCAGCAAAUGCCGUCUGAUGAGGCCGAACUAUACCUAGGGCUCAAGACACAGAUGUUCUUGACCUUGCUGGAGUCCGAACAGUCUAAGCCGAGAGCUCAUAUACUUGACGAAUUGUUUGUAUCCGGUCAAGAGGAGGCUCUCAAGAAACAUCAUCCCGGCUUGCCUCUUGCUCUUUCAGAAACCAGGUUUCUGGCUGACGCCGAAGCAAGGAAAAUCAUGCUCCUGAACGAGUCACAUGAUUCCGCUAGCAUUCAGGCUCUAAGCACGCAGUAUACCUAUGAGUCAUUUCUUGAGGAGUUGAGCGGUUAUCUUUCCAGACACAUGACAAAUAUUGAAAAGCUAGGUUCAAGCCCGACUAGCGUGUCGACAGAUGCAGAAAGCUCGGGUCUGUUUGAUGGUAUUAGUGGCCUUGACAACUUUGACAUCGACGCUGCUAUCGCAGAAGCAGCGAAAGCAGCUCAGGAGGCUUCCGCAGAUAAUGGAACAACAAGCCAUGUCGCAGAUGAUCUCGCAGCACUCAUUUCAUUUGCUUCGGAACAAGCGCAGGGCCAAUCUGUGCCUAGUGAAUUGCCGUCGACCGUCCUAUCCACGAGCGAGAGCGCCAUGCGGGCUACGAACUUGGCACUACAGACAAUGCAACGAAACCAGUAUCACCCAACCACAGUCCAACAAGCAAAUAACCCGUCACCCAACGGCCAUCAUCAAACGCACCAACCACAACAACCACCACAACAGCCAACGCAACAACAACAGUAUUAUGCUUAUCCUCAGCAACCUAAUACUCCUUCGCAACAGGCGCAAAGUUCUGACAGAGUAGAAUUACCACCAGGUCAGCAUGCUUCUUCGGAGAUCCUGUACGAAAGAGCAAGACAAGCGGCCGCAGCUCGGUCAAGUACACAUGCCAGGAGGGAGGGCUCUCAUUCUACUAGGCGUCCAUGGAGCCCUGAAGAGGAAAAGGCUUUGAUGAUGGGGCUUGACAUGGUCAAAGGGCCUCAUUGGUCACAAAUCUUGAGUCUCUUCGGGCAACAGGGAAGGAUGAGUAAUAUUCUCGCAGAUCGGACACAAGUACAGCUCAAGGACAAGGCACGAAAUUUGAAGUUGUUCUUUCUGAAAACCAAUUCGGAAAUGCCAUAUUAUCUCCAGUGUGUCACCGGUGAGCUCAAGACAAGGGCACCCACUCAAGCAGCCAGGAAAGAGGCUGAGGAGCGUGCGAGACUUACCUCCGAAGAUGAGAAAGCUCACGUAAGCGCCACGAUGGCACUCGGGAACAUGCACAACGGAAAUGGGCAGAGGCCUCAGCCAAAACCUUCCCCGUCAAAGAACACAAUCCCGGGGCAAGUAGCCGCCCACGGUCAGUCGCAUCCUGGAUCGCCGCAUGGCGCCCAUCUCCAGCGGACAGCUUCUGGUCAUGGCGGUGCACCAGCAUCAGUACAAUCUACCCUACCCAAUGGGCAACAUGUGCAUCUCGCUCAAGCCAGUCAGAAGUCACAGGUACCUCUGCAGCCUCAGCAGCCUCAGCAGCAUGCUCAGCAGCAUGCUCAGCAAAUGCAACAAGUGGCCCCUCGUCCAACUACACAGCCGCAAAACCAGGUCCCAUUGAAGCCUCAUCAGCAACAUGCUUCACUGCAACAACAACCUUCCUUGCAGCUGCAUGUUUCACAGCAGCAAAAUUUGCAGAAUCAUCAGCGGCAAGGUAUAUCCCAGCAGCUUCCACCCCAUCUGCAACAGCACCAGCAACAAAAGCCACUGCACCCACAGCCUCAACAACAAUCUCAUGCCCAACCACAACAUGCCUCAAUGCAAAUACAAUCUCAGGCACAGACACAUACACAAGCUCCACCUCAGGUCAACGCUCCUCACACACCCGUUCCAACCAAGGCCGAAGACUCUGCAGUCAAACAUGAGCCUCUCAAUGAUGAGGAAGCCGGGCUUAUGGAGUUGAAACGCUUUAUGAGCCAAGAAAAUAGCGUUGAACAAGAUCAAAGCAUUGAAGCUGCCCUGGCUGCCGCAUCUGCUGCUGCUGCUGCUGUUGCUUCUCAGCCUGCGGCCUGACGCGCGCGAUGAUAGACAAAGUUCUCCCGAGGUGACCGCGCAGGGUGUCAAUGGUUGGAUUGUUUCCCUUUGGAGUCACUUAUGAUGAUGUGUAAUGUAAAUGAUACCCUAGUGCCAUGACGUACGUGCGUGGUGUGCUUGACCCAGGAGUAAAUCAAAUUAUAUCGGUCAUAUGAAACAAAACGAAGUCUCAUCUGUUCUGAUUUGCCCUCCCAACAUUUUAGUGUCACUUAUAUCUGUUUCCUGUUUGUGGUCUCAAUAAGUCAGCGCAUAUAACGGCAAGCACAUAUCGUGACUUGUGUUGUAUGUUCAGCCGAACGUGCCUCGCUGUACGACUCUAGUAGCUGGACCGCCAAAUUGGGCCAACAUUUAUACCGCUGUGGC